AUGUCUGAGAAUGAGCAUGAGUGCACAGAAGGAGCGGACCGGGAUGACUUCUCGAGAGAGGUCUUUGGUGAUGGGCUAGAGUCGGCUAUUGCAGAUAAUGAUGGAGAUGUUGAUUUCGCGUCUUUCCUUAUCUUGGCGAGGCGUAUGAAAAUGG